CUCCAUAAACACUCAUUAUAACAACGAGAUCAAAAUACUGAACAUCAAAGCAUUUUUUCGUCUAAAUCGAAAACAUCUUACAACACUCCCAAUUGAAGGAGUUCAACACACGUAGUUGUUAUUCAAGAAGAAAGAAAAGGUUAAUUCAAUUUGCGCUCACUCUUUCUUUUUGAUCAUCCAUUAAAAGUUUAAAUUCUCAUAAAAUACAAAUUCGUGUCGAUGUUGUUUUUUUCGUUAUGAGUCAUCCACAGAAAAAAACUAAAUUGUCACUUCCGAGACAUAACCAGAAUCAGACUCGCAAUGCAGAUACGAUGGCUGGUCCAUCAAAUGCAGAAUCAUCACCGGAAAUAUUCAAAUUGAACAUCGAUUGCUUCGAUGAAAUAUUUGAAUAUUUGAACGUGAAAGACUUGUAUUCAAUUGGUCAAACAUGUAAGCGGAUGAACAAAGUGGCCGGCGAAUAUUUCAAAGAAAAUCAUUCACUGGGUAGAAUGUUAUGCGAAAAAGAUGGAAUUUACACGAUUUGUUGGCAGAAUAAUCACAAAAAUCGUCCAAACGAUAAACGCUUUCUUAUAUCUGGUUUCAAUAAGUUCAUGCCGUGCAUUGCUAAUAAUGGGUACGGCAUAAUUAAAUAUAUUGAAUCGCAUGGCAGUGAAUUUGAGUCAACCAAACAUAUAAGUCUUAAUGGCUUACGCAUGAAUAACGAAAGAACUAAGCAUUUUAUACGAUUGUUGCCUCAACUGGAAAUUGUGCAACACCGAGAUUGUUGGUUGACCGAUAACCUUCACAAAUUGAUGGCGGAGCAUUGUCAGAAUUUGAAGGAGAUUUAUGUUCAAGAUUCGGAUGCCAGUACCUGCGACUGGCUAUCACAAGAAUAUCCCAAACUUGAACGUUUGGAACUAAUGCCGCGUAAUUCUUGGGCAUUUAACGAGCUACGUGAAUUCUUCGUACGCAAUCCCAAAGUGCAGAGAUUCUCAACAAAUUUAAUUUGUCUGUGGGACAACGGUGAUAUAUUUUUAAAUUCCAAUGCAAAAUUGGAUGUAUUGGAAGUCAAAGGUUUUUACUCACCGUAUUGCUCAAAUAGGCAGCGGACGUCAAAAACACCAUUGGAAUUAUUAAAUCGACUCCAUGAACAAGGCUUCUAUAAGCGUCUAUACAUUUACAUCGAUAAAGCUGAUAAAGAGUUAGGCACUUCAUUUCUCUCACUCAAAGGUCUCGAAUUAUUGUGCAUUUCGUGGCUUUUUGAGAGUUAUAAUUUGUGGUUACCUCAAUUGAUCAAUCUGAGAGAAUUAAUCAUUAUGAAUGCAAUGUAUGCCAGGGAUAUGGAGAUUUUUGCAAAUGGCCUGACAAAACUCGAACGUCUUUACAUUGUUCAGGCUAGCAUCGAUCACAUUAUGCCAUUCAUUCGUCGUUCACCAAAUUUGAACAAAAUCAAAUUCAUACCUGGAAGCAGAGGUGUAGUUUUGAAUUUGGCAAUGUUGAAUGCAGAACGCGCCAUGUUGAUCGGAGCUCGAAAAAUAACCAUUUAUACGCGUGAUGAUGUCUUCUUGGCUACAAAAUGGACGAGCAGAAACGGAGAAACAAAUUUGAGCUUAAUCGAAAUGAGACGCGCGGAUUCGAUUGAAUGGAAUCCUCAAUAUUUUCCUAAGUAAUGUUGUAAUUUUUUAUUCAAUCAGAUCAAUAUUGUAUAAUUGAACGCUCUAGAAUAAAAACAACGUCUAGAGCGUUCAAUUCAUGAUAAUUUUUCAAUUUACGAAAUAAAAUCUAAGUAAGUAAAUUUUUAAAUAAAAUCCAACCAUAUAAGUUUUUGUGCGCCUUUUUCUCCUCCAAAAUGUAAUUUAAAGUACAAUAAACUUUAGUGUUAAGUUUGAUACAAAUGUUAAUUGAU